AUGAACGAAAUUCGAGACGAGGCUGUUUCCCAGUACCUGAACUCUUUUCGUUCCUGUGAGAAGAAACGGAUUCAGGACGUGACGAGCCUUGCAGCGCUAGAAGCGAGGCUGGAAUAUGAUGUUCGCCAGUUCCACGGGAAAAGUUCGGUCCGGUUGCUGAAUAGAGUUCAACCUCUCAUCAGAUGGCUAGCUGGCUUCAACGAAUGUGUCAAAGUAUUCCUUCAAGCAGCACCUCGCGAAUUUGUCGUGGUUUGGGGAAUCCUAUCAUUUCUCUUCGAGAUAGCGGCUCGUUUCCAACGGCGGGGAGAGCAAGUUUUGCAGGUUCUCGAGGAUAUCCAAAGUGUCGCCCCUCGGUUCACAUACUACGCGGAAACCCUCCGUAACACAACAUAUCGGCCAUUACGAGACGCACUUGUGAGCUAUCAUGUUGUAUUGACGGAAGUCUGCAUCAAGUCGAUUCGCUACGUUCAAGGAAACGCAAUCGGAGAUCUACGCCAAGGAUACUUCGGCAGGCUACGUUCCGAAGCACUCGAUGACGCACAGGAGCUCGAAAAGAUGUUGCUGAUACCAUCACCCUAUGAUAAUCUGCCUGCGCGGCAAAGCCAUGCAUUCUAUGGCAGAAAAACCGACUUUGAUAAUCUCCAGUUUCACCUAAUGUCUCCGCAGUCACCCUAUAGCCCGAAUAUUGCUUGUAUUUACGGUUUAUCCGGUGUUGGGAAGACGCAACUUGCGCAAGAGUUUGCUUAUAGACAUCUAGACGACUACAAGUUUAUUUUUUGGAUAGACUGCGCGACGACAGCUCGAUUGGAAGAAUCCGUCAGAUCCAUUUGCAAUGAUAUUGGAUUGGCUGACCAGAACAUCCAGCACCCUAAACAGAUAUCACCGGACAUCAGAUGGCUUAUGAUCUUCGACAACGUGGAGCCAGAUGUCUCGAUAGAAUCCUACUUUCCAAGGACUGUUAACGGUGCUAUUAUCAUUACUUGUAGAAAAUCAAGCAUUUCUUAUCAGUAUGCUCCUCAGGCCCAGAUAGCAUUAGAGACCUUCAAUGCCGUGGAAUCGGUAGGAUUUCUUUUGAAUCGCCUGAAGAUGGAUCCAACUAACUCAGAGGCUGAGCUCUCUGAGAAGAUUACCGCAGCUGUUGGUGGGCUUCCACUUGCGCUGGAUCUCAUCGGAAGCUACAUUCGGGAGUGCGGCAUGUCUCUUUCAAUAUUUUUACAAGAAUAUCCUAGGUUUGAGGAGAACUUCAUGUUCAGUCCAGAUUUCCUAGAUUGGAGUAAAAGAGAGCAUAACAAAGCAGUAGGAAUCAUCUGGAAGAGGCAUUUACUUGAGCUAGACAAUAGCACUCUAUUGUUAGCUCAGAUGUUGGCAUUUAUGGAUGCUUCCAAGAUCCAAACAUCAAUCUUCAGCGCUCAUAGUCGAGAAAGGAUGUUAUACGAGGGACCUGACGUCCAAGAAGAGUUCCCUGAUCUGUACAACAUCAUCAUUCAUCCAUUUAUGGAACCAUACCGGGCACUCGUCACUGUCCACCCUCACAGCAAUUAUCUCAAGAUCCACCGACUCAUACAGUCAUUCAUACUCCAGUCGAUGGAUAGUCCAACCAAAUUGAAAGUGUUCCAACAAGCCUUAUUCUUGUUGAACGGCGCAUUCCCAACACAGGAACAUGGGAAAGCUCUCUAUGAAGAUUGGCUUACAUGUGCUGCUCUGUCCAACCAUGUUACAGCCCUGUUUGACUCGUAUCACCGACAUAAGACGGACCUAGGAUACCCACUACUCCUGUGUGAGAUUGCAUCCCGAUGUGCUUGGUACUUCAAGGAAUUCGGACAGUACGAGGCGGCGAACCGCAUGGCUGAUGACUCCAUAGCCCUCUGUGAGAGUGCUCUAAAGACAAGCAACCACCCAGGUUACAGCAAAUGGUUUGUGAAAGAGAUGAUAUGUACACAUUUGAACGUGAAAGCUGCAAUUGCCGCUGAAUCCGGGAAAGAGGACCACGGGUUGCCGCUCUUUCAAGAGAUAGAAAAAUUGAGGGUCUUGAAUAUGCGGCCGAACUCGGCGGAAGAUGAAACAUGGUAUCAAGCAGCAAGAGCUAAUACAGCUUAUGCGCUUAUGGGUUACAAUUGUGCCCCUGAGGCAUUGGCGAUUCUACAGGAGAUCUUGGAUAGAGACGACAUGCAACCGAACAAAGAUUUGUAUCUCGUCAAUACCUCGAUUUGCCUACGGCUUCAAGGGGAUCUUACAAACUCUCUUGAACAGUGUCAGGAGGCAAUGACACUGGCAGAAGAACGCAGGGGGAAAGACUCCUCCCAAAUGGCUAGUUGCCAUUUUCAACUUGGGACGAUAUUCCUAGAAGAGAGUCGCAUAGCUGAUGCACUACGAGAGUUCAUCGAAUGCUUCCGAAUACGGUCGUCUGUGAUGCCUACACACCCAUUUACGGCGUUUGUAAGCCACAAGAUAGGCAGCACCUUGCAGGUACAGGAUAGCCAUGCAGAAGCUAUUCGACACUACUUGACAGCAUUGAAUAUUCUUCGCACCAGCGAGACACAUCCGCUGUCGAUAUGCCGUACCCUUCUAGCACUCGCCUCAGCGUACGAGGCAAUCGGAAACAAUGCGGCAACGGAGAAGUGCAUUCACGAGGCCCUCGAAGGCUUUGCUGCAGCUUCUACGUAUGACUUCGACUGCACUACCAAGCCAACUUUGGCAUCGUCAUUUGACUCUUUCGUCCCCAUCAGUCACAGAUAA